AUGAUCUAUUCGGAAUUACGAAAUUGGGUGGUGAAACAGCCGAAAGUGCACGUGACUUCAAUGGGAUCGAAGGGUAAGGAAAAAGUGGAAGAGAUGAUUGAAGCUCGGGCUGAAUCUAGUAUGCAGGCCUUGGUUGUUGCGGAGUCUGUAAUAGAGGAGCCUGCAGUGGUAGUGGAUGAAGGGUGCAGCUCUGAGCCAGUGCCUGAGGAUGAUGGUUUUAAGGUUGUUACAGGGAGGAAGCACAGAGUUAGUGCUCCUGAUCCUACGUCCAAUGCAAAGAGCCCGUGGAAUUUGUCAUCUAAUCAGAAGAAGGUACAACUGGAUGAUCAUGCUUUUCCCUCAUUGAGCAAGCCAGUUUGGAGAAUGAGUAUUGAGCCACCGCAGCCUGCUAAAGGUAGGGGGCGGGGCAAGAAGAAGAAAUGA